AGGACCGAAAGCCGGGCCGCCGGAGCGAGUGGCCGGGUCCCGAGCGAGUGACCAGGUGUGGCCGCCGCCUGAGAUGCUACAGCGCCGGCACCGCAGGUGGUACAGCCAAGUAACAAUCUCCGCUGCACCGGGAGGCCACCGGCCGGAUACCGGCCGGGUAGGACACCGGCCGGGUAGAACCGAGCAGCGGAGGAAGGGAUGCUGAGCAUGCGCGUGCGGAGGCGGGGCCGGUGCUUCCUGGAACCAGCAGCCCCGCCCAGUGCUGGGAGGGGAGCUCUCAGAGAGGGAAGGCUCUGACGGCGAGGUUAGCUUCUCGGUUCCAGACAUUGAGAAUUUUCCAUCAUUGCCUCCUUUUCAGCGCCAUCACCUCCUGUGCCUUGGGCUCCCAACCCCAGACCCUUCCUCACAGUGUGAAGAGGAGCGGGUACAAAAAAGAAAGAAUUACAAGAUAGAGUUAAGGUCAGGGAUGUUAGAAGAGCAGACGCUCCAGACCAGGUGGACGGUGCAGACUUGAACCUUGCCAAUGGACCUGAUUGGUUUUGGUUAUGCAGCCCUGGUGACGUUCGGAAGCAUUUUGGGAUAUAAGCGGAGAGGUGGUGUUCUGUCUCUGAUUGCUGGUCUUUUUGUUGGAUUUUUGGCUGGCUAUGGAGCUUACCGUGUCUCCAAUGACAAGCGAGAUGUAAAGCUGUCACUGUUUACAGCUUUCUUCCUGGCCACCAUAAUGGGGGUGAGAUUUAAGAGGUCCAAGAAAAUCAUGCCAGCUGGACUGGUUGCAGGUUUAAGCCUCUUGAUGAUCCUGAGACUUGUCUUACUGCUGCUUUGAGAAGCCAGAGAAAGUGAAAACUAAAUCUGAGUCGUUCUGCUCUAACGGCCAGAAGCCUACUGUUUGUACUGAAAAGAUAAAUUUCAGUAUGGAAUGUUCAAUGUGGUCUUAUUUUAUGUUGGAAACUGCCCAAGAAACACUGUCGCCUCUAAUAUGGACACUAGUUUGAGGGAUUUUUCUUUUUUUUUUUUUUAAUAAAUAGUUUAACCGUUUUCUAAUUGUUAGAUUUUUAUUUCAUUAAAGAUAUUUUAAUGAAAUUGUGAUGUACAUCAUAAAUUGUGAUGUACUCUUUGAUUUUCUAUGUCAUGUUUUAUAGAUGGUGGUUCCAAAUACUCAUGUCUGGAGUAAGUUUAAACUAUAAACUAUAACUUAUCAGAUGAUGGAAUGCCCAAAGCAGGCUUCAUAGAAUGCUCUUGUAUCUAUUUGUCAUUUGUGUUAUAUUCGAUUUUUUUUCCCAUUUUAAUUGUAUUUCUGCCAGUGGUUUUUUUUUUUCUUUAAUAAACUUCAUCCCCAGCACACUCUGUACAAAUAUUAUGUAUUCAGUAUUCAAAUAAAGACCUGUUUUAAGCCUG